AUGGUUCGACUGGACCACGUUAUCAAGGCUCAAGCGGAUGAUAACUCCGCACCGAGCUGGCACGUGAGAGCAUCUCACCGCGGACGACAACCCGAUUUCACGAGAGCUUAUCCUGCUCUCAACCCAACUUUCAGCAUGGCUUGUGCUUGCUAUGGCCGCAACACUCCCUCGUCAGACUCUGUCUCGGCAGUACGCCUAUUUGCAACCUCCAGCCAUUCCAGACUCACCACGGGAACCCAGAAUCUCACUCCCCGAGCAAACGACGAGGUCGCUCAGCUUGCUGCUAGUCGAAGGCGGCCUCUUACUUUAGCUGACCUACUCAAACACGGCCGUCCGCCAUUGUCAAAAGAUGCCCUCCUCGCCUCCGCCAACUUCACCCUCUCCCUCCUUCCUGCUCGACUAGCCUCUCGUAUCGAAGCGCUCCGGAACCUUCCAUUCAUUGUAGUCGCAAAUCCACACGUCUCCAAAAUCUACGGCAACUAUGUACACUCACUGUCCACUCUCCUCCCCUGGCAAAAGCGGCAGGUCACGACGCUGGAGGAAGAGAACCAAUUCGCUGAAGUGCUAGCAGACCUCGUCCACACACAUUCAAACACAAUCCCUAUUCUCGCGCGUGGAUUUCUCGAGUGCCGACGAUACAUCGAUUCCGCGGAGGUAACACGGUUCCUGGAUACACAUUUGCGUGCACGGAUUGGCACGCGGCUAAUAGCUGAGCAGCAUCUGGCUCUGCAUUUCGCGUCGCGGCCUGUGGGAGAGGGUCUAGAUGAGCUCCGUGAAGAAUCACGGAAGAAUACAGAACCGUCGAACUAUAUCGGAGUGAUAGAUACCGCUUUGCAACCGGCGCGGAUCGUACGGUCGUGCGAGGAGUUUGUGGGAGAGAUCUGCGAGUUGAAGUAUGGGGUGCGUCCGCGGUUGGAGAUUGGCGGGCAGCCGGAUGCUACUUUUGCGCAUGUCCCUGUACAUGUAGAGUAUAUCCUCACGGAGCUACUAAAGAAUGCUUUUAGAGCUACCAUCGAGAGUGGGAACGAGCGGGAGCCGAUUGAGGUUACUAUCGCCGCUGCACCUGAUGUCCCUGGCAACCACAUGCAAUCCCACGAACCGGUUCCCAAUGGCAGGCCGUCAGAGGCCGUAAGUACAGGCGCCCAGUUUGACUCCGACAGCGAUGUCGGAUUCUACCUCGACACUGUUGUCGGCACGGCAGACGCAAACGAGUCAAUCAAAUUCUCGACCCCAUCCUCACAGAGUAUAACUCUCCGAAUCCGAGACCGCGGUGGCGGUAUCUCGCCGGACGUCCUUCCUCAGAUCUGGUCAUACAGCUUCACGACAUUUUCUGAUCUAGAUAUGGGCGAAGGUGGUGGGAUCGAUGCCCUGAACACGAUAAGCUCGAAUAGUGGAACGCUCAGCAGCAUUGCAGGCCUCGGAUAUGGUCUUCCGUUGAGUCGCGCUUAUGCGGAGUACUUUGGAGGUAGCAUUGCCGUGCAGACUACGCUCAUGUAUGCUUCAGCUUCUAUAGAAUCGUACCGACUACAUAGAACGUCCGAUCUGCCGGGAAUAUAUCCUCGGGACUACCACUUGAGUGUGGGGAUGUACCCCGCAGCGGAAUUGUUGGGUCUGAGCUGUUGCUCGGCUCCCGGGCUCGGAGAUGUUGCCGAUGAUUGCGCUGAUGGAACCUUUAUUAAGCAUGUUUCCCUCAUCCAAGAGACUUUAUACUUCUCAAGACUAUUCACCUUCUUCUCUCCAUACUACGCUGGCGUUGACUCCAACACUAUCACCAUGGUCUACACAGCUUCAUUUGCCUUUUUCGAGGCACUAUGGGAGGCCGGCGUCUCCCACUGUUUUGUGAAUCUGGGCUCCGAUCAUCCCUCUAUCCUAGAAGCAAUGGUAAAAGGCCAGAAAGAGAAACCGGAUGAAUUCCCCAAGAUCAUCACAUGUCCCAACGAGAUGGUCGCCCUCUCCAUGGCUGACGGGUACGCCCGGCUCACCGGCAAGCCGCAAUGUGUAAUCGUGCAUGUUGAUGUGGGCACACAAGGCCUCGGCGCCGCAAUCCACAACGCCUCGUGUGGGCGCGCACCGGUCCUAAUCUUUGCCGGCUUAUCGCCCUUCACAAUUGAAGGCGAGAUGCGCGGGUCCCGGACAGAGUACAUCCACUGGAUCCAAGACGUGCCAGACCAGAAGCAGAUCGUGUCGCAGUACUGCCGGUACAGCGCGGAUAUCCGCUCCGGUAAGAACAUCAAGCAGAUGGUGCAUCGGGCGCUGAGGUUUGCGACAUCUGACCCACAAGGCCCGGUGUAUCUUGUUGGCGCGAGAGAAGUUAUGGAGGAGGAGAUUGAGCCGUAUGCUGUUAGCCCGCAUGGGUGGAGGGGCGUUAAGCCGUCUGCCCUCCCGAGUGAGGGGGUCGAGCUUAUCGCAAAGGAACUGGCGGAGGCGAAGGAGCCGUUGGUGAUUGUUGGAUACUCCGGGCGUGAUGCGCGUGGUGCGCAGGAGCUCGUCAAGCUGGCGAAUACAUUCCAGGGAGUAAGGGUGCUGGAUACAGGUGGUAGUGAUAUGUGUUUUCCAGGCAACCAUCCGGCGUCCCUGGGGAUGCGGUUCGGAAUCCACGACGCCAUCAAGACAGCGGACUUUAUCCUGGUUGCGGACUGCGACGUACCGUGGAUCCCGACACAAUGCAAACCCUCUGGCUCGGCCAAGAUCAUCCAUGUCGACGUCGACCCGCUCAAGCAGCAGAUGCCUGUCUUCUAUAUCCCCGCAAUGGAAACCUACCGCGCCGAAUCGGCAACCGCAUUUGCGCAGGUAAACGCAUAUGUCGAGUCCAACGCCGAGCUAAAACAAUACACCACCUCCGACGCAAACAAAAGCCUCGGCCAGCGCCGCGAGGAGACAUUCCGCAAAGCCCGCCAGGCCAUCACCGAUCUCGCAGCCACACCAUCCGGCGGUCCCGAAGCCCCUCUCAACGCCUCAUACCUCCUCUCCCAGAUCCGCCAGACCCUCCCAGCAGACACAAUCUGGGCCAUCGAAUCCGUUACCCUAACCCCCAUCGUCUCCGACCAAAUCGCCGCUACAUUCCCAAACAGCUGGAUAAACUGCGGCGGCGGCGGCCUCGGCUGGUCUGGCGGCGGGGCGUUGGGAAUAAAGCUCGCGUCCGACGCGCAAGCCGGCGGCAGUAACAAGGGCAAAUUCGUCUGCCAGAUCGUCGGCGACGGGACAUACCUCUUCUCCGUGCCUGGAUCUGUCUACUGGAUCGCAAGACGGUAUAAUAUUCCCGUGCUGACGAUCGUACUGAAUAACAAGGGGUGGAAUGCGCCCCGGCGCAGUAUGUUACUUGUGCAUCCGAACGGGGAUGGAUCGAAAGCGAGCAAUGAGGAGCUGAAUAUUAGCUUUGCGCCGACCCCGGAUUAUGCGGGGGUUGCGAGGGCCGCGAGCGGGGGGCAUGUCUGGGCGGGUGUUGCGGCGAGUGUGGGGGAGUUGGGGAGGGUGUUGCCGCAGGCUAUGGAGAGUGUCAGGAACGGGGUUGGGGCUGUGCUUGAGGCUCAGUUGGAUGGGACGGAGGGAAAGUAUGUCAAGAAGUAA